GGCAUCGGGAAAACAGUCUUAACACAGAAGUUCACUCUGGACUGGGCUGACGACAAAGCCAACCAGGACAUCCAGUUCACAUUUCCAUUCACCUUCAGAGAGCUGAAUGUGCUGAAAGGGAAAAAGUACAGCUUGGUGGAACUCGUUCAUUACUUCUUUAGUGAAACCAAAGAAGCAGGAAUCUGCAGGUUUGAAGAGUUAUCGGUUGUGUUCAUCUUUGAUGGUCUGGAUGAGUGUCGACUUUCUCUGGACUUCCACAACACUAAAAUCCUGACAGAUGUUACAAAGUCCACCUCAGUGGGUGUACUGUUGACUAACCUCAUCAGGGGGAAUCUGCUUCCCUCUGCUCGCCUCUGGAUAACCACACGACCUGCAGCAGCCAAUCAGAUCCCUCCUGGGUGUGUUGACAUGGUGACAGAGGUCAGAGGGUUCACCGACCCACAGAAGGAGGAGUACUUCAGGAAGAGAUUCAGAGAUGAGGGGCAGGCCAGCAGAAUCAUCUCCCACAUCAAGAAAUCACAAAGCCUCCACAUCAUGUGUCACAUCCCAGUCUUCUGCUGGAUCACUGCUACAGUUCUGGAGGACGUGUUGAAGACCAGAGAGGAAGGAGAGCUGCCCAAGACCCUGACUGAGAUGUACAUCCACUUCCUGGUGGUUCAGUCCAAAGUGAAGAAAAUCAAGUAUGAUGGAGGAGCUGAAACAGAUCCACACUGGAAUAAAAAGAGCAGGAAGAUGAUCAAGUCUCUGGGAAAACUGGCUUUUGAGCAGCUGGAGAAAGGCAACCUGAUCUUCUAUGAAUCAGACCUGACAGAGUGUGGCAUUGACAUCACAGCAGCCUCAGUGUACUCAGGAGUGUUCACACAGAUCUUUAAAGAGGAGAAAGGACUGUACCAGGACAAGGUGUUCUGCUUCGUCCAUCUGAGUGUUCAGGAGUUUCUGGCUGCUCUUCAUGUCCAUCUGAUAUUCACAACAUCUGGAAUCAACCUGCUGUCAGAAGAACAAACAAAAUCAACACAGUUCUACCAGAGUGCUGUGGAAAAGGCCUUACAGAGUCCAAAUGGACACCUGGACUUGUUCCUCCGCUUCCUCCUUGGUCUUUCACUGCAGACCAAUCAGAAUCUCCUACGAGGUCUUAUGACACAGACAGGAAGUAACUCAGAGACCAAUCAGAAAACAGUUGAGUAUGUCAAGAAGAAGAUCAGUGAGAAUCUGUCUGCAGAGAGAAGCAUCAAUCUGUUCCACUGUCUGAUUGAACUGAAUGAUAGUUCUCUAGUGGAGCAGAUCCAACAGGCCCUGAGAUCAGGAAGUCUCUCCACAUAUAAUCUGUCUCCUGCUCAGUGGUCAGCUCUGGUCUUCAUCUUACUGUCAUCAGAGGAAGAUCUGGACGUGUUUGACCUGAAGAAAUACUCUGCUUCAGAGGAGGCUCUUCUGAGGCUGCUGCCAGUGGUCAAAGCCUCCAAAAAAGCUCUGCUGAGUGGCUGUAAGCUGUCAGAGACAAGCUGUGAAGCUCUGUCCUCAGUUCUCAGCUCCCAGUCCUCUAGUCUGAGAGAGCUGGACCUGAGUAACAACAACCUGCAGGAUUCAGGAGGGAAGCUGAUCUCUGUUGGACUGAAGAGUCCACACUGCACACUGGAGACUCUCAGUCUGUCAGGCUGUCUGAUCUCAGAGGAAGGCUGUUCUUCUCUGGUCUCAGCUCUGAUCUCCAACCCCUCCCAUCUGAGAGAGCUGGACCUGAGCUACAAUCAUCCACGAGACUCAGGAGUGAAGCUACUGUCAGCAGGAUUGAAGGAUCCUCUCUCGAGACUGGACACUCUCAGGGUGGAGCCUGCUGGAGUCAGAUGGUUGACACCAGGUCUGAGGAAGUAUUCCUGUGAACUCACACUCAACAGAAACACAGUGAACAGAAAACUCAAACUGUCUGACAACAACAGGAAGGUGACACGUGUGUUAGAUGAUCAGCCAUAUCCUGAUCAUCCAGAGAGGUUUGAGUGGUGUCCUCAGCUGCUGUGUAGAGAUGGUCUGACUGGUCGCUGUUACUGGGAGGUCGAGAGGAAAGGAGAUGUUGAUAUAUCAGUGAGUUACAGAAGAAUCCGCAGGAGUGGAGACAGUAGAGACUGUUUGUUUGGAUGGAAUGAUCAGUCCUGGAGUCUAUUCUGCUCUGAUGAUGGUUACUCUGUCUGGCACAAUAACAGAAAAUCAUCCAUCUCCUCCUCCUCUGUCUCUGGUAGAGUAGCAGUGUAUGUGGACUGUCCUGCUGGCUCUCUGUCCUUCUACACAGUCUCUUCUGACUCACUGAUCCACCUCUACACCUUCAACACCACAUUCACUCAGCCUCUUUAUCCUGGGUUCUGGUUCUGGUCUGGCUCCUCAGUGUCUCUGUGUUCUGUGUAGGACGGAGAGUCUCCUCCUGUUUCUCACUGCUGAUCAGUUGAAUCUGUACAGGAUCACACUUACAGAUAUAUUUCAGGUUAUUCUUAUAAACUAAUGAAUGAACUUUGUAUAAAAUAAUUCCGAAUGAUUGAACAGAUUCCUGGUGAACAUUGUAAACUUCUUCCACUUCCAGUCCUUUAAAGAUGGAAGCUGUGAUCAUGAAAUUGUAGAAAUGCCGUUGACUUGUGUCAUGUUUUGCAUAAAGGUUCAGUGAUGUGUU